AUGUCCUAUUCGAAAGGGACUACCCCUAGGACAGGCCAGAGUGUUCCCAAUUAUGCGGAUUCUGGCGGUGGGUUCCGAACUUUUAAGAUUGCGCAUCAGCGAGUAUCUUUGGAUGUUGACCUCGCGAAACAUACAAUUAGAGGAACUGCAGAUAUUAUUCUAAUACCUUUGAUUCAAACUUUAAGUUAUAUUACGUUGGAUUGUAAGAAUUUGAAGAUUAAUGAGGUACGAGUGGAAAAUCGGAGGUGUGAUAAUUAUAUUCAUGACGAUCCAUUGACUGAAUUCUCGAAGACUAGCCGUUCUGAGGCCGAUACCCUCUAUGCGUUCAAUGGAGUGGAACAAUCGCAUUUUUUGAGGGAGAAAUUCGCAGAUUUGAAUGAGUUCCCGGAGGAGAGAACAAAGUCGCAAUUGAUUAUUAAGAUACCGUCAUCGAUCAAGAUUACUUUACAGGAUGCCAACUCGUUGACUAAUUAUACACCAAUAACGCCAACUGUUAGAGGUACACCGGCCCCACAAGAGGCCGUUUUCACACCGAUCAGUGUGAGAAUAGAGUACGAAUUGAGUAAUCCGGCUACUGGUGUAAGAUUUGACACCGUUUUGGAGUCUCAGCCGCAAUUAUGGAAUGCUUACACCACGAAUAACGAGCUUUGUUGUACCGCAGCAUACUGGAUGCCAUGUGUAAAUACUCUAGAUGAAAAGUGUACUUGGGAAGUGGAAAUCACUGUUCCCAAGAAAGUGAAGGACAUUGGAGGAUCAAAAGUUAUGGGAAAUGAAACCAGAAACUUACGCUCAAGAAGAGAUACUCAUACAGACGAGAAUGAAGUAAAGACUGAGGAUGUGUCACAGGAAGAUAUAUUGCAAAAGAACGAUUCACAGAGACCGGAUGAGGAUGAAGAUGAGGAAGACUACGAUAUUUUGGAGGAAGAGGAAGAAGAUGAUGCCUCAAAUAAAGAGAUUUUGGUCUGCUGCUCAGAGUACUCUACGGCCAAGGAAACCGCGCAUCCCACCGAGAUAUCGAAAAAGUGUUUUGCAUUUCAAAUAUUUAACCCAGUUGCUCCCCAUCACGUUGGGUGGGCCGUCGGUGCGUUUAACGUUUGGACUCUACCGUCAAUUAAUAGCCAGGAUGACAUUUUCGAUGAAGAGCGAGAUGAAUCCGAAGAAAGUGUGAAGAUAAAUGAACCUGAUACAAGUGCCGCCGUUGAUGAUAUUGAGAAUAAUGAUGUUAUACCCAUACAAGUCUACACUCUGCCGCAAGAAGAUAUCGAUGAAAAGACGGUAUUGAAUUCAACGAUUAUUUGUCAAAAGAUGAUGGAUUUUUAUGCCAAAGAAUUUGGGUCAUAUCCUUUCACUUCAUAUUGUCUUGUAUUUCUCCCGACUUUGGUGAUGCCAACGAUGGAAUUUGCAAGUAUGACGUUGUGUAAUACUCGCCUAUUAUAUCCUCCAGAAAUGAUCGACUCAAUGCUAACUACUACAAACCAUUUAGCAUGGUCAUUGGCGACACAAUGGUCUGGGGUUAACAUAACACCUCUUGAGAUCAAUGACAUAUGGUGUUGUUUGGGAAUGGCUGGUUAUAUGGUGUUUCAAUUGAUGAAAAAGAUAUUAGGAUACAACGAGCUCAAAUAUAGACUGAAGAUGAACAGUGAGGCUAUCGUUGAGUUGGAUUGGGAAAAACCGCCCAUUGGUGAAACUUUCACAAAUGCUUCAAGGCCGAUCUCAUGGACAAGUAAGGAUCUUGAUUUCAUAAAGCUCAAAGCUCCAAUGGUAUUGUACAUCCUGGAUCGGAGGAUGGUCAAGACUGAGAGAUCAUUUGGUAUGUCUCGUGUAUUACCCAAGAUUUUUUUACAGGCCAUGUCCGGUGAUCUGUCGAAUAAUUCCUUAUCCACCGCUCAUUUUCAGUAUGUUUGUGAGCGUGUUAAUAGAAAUAAACUAGAGCCCUUCUUCCAACAGUGGGUUUAUGGAUCUGGAGUACCGAUAUUCCGUGUCACCCAAAGGUUCAACAAGAAAAGAAUGAUGGUUGAAAUGGGUAUCAGACAGUGUCAGGCCCAAGAACUGGGACAGGACAAAGUCGUUGGAGAGGACGGGUUUUGUUCAAGCUCCUUGGGUUAUAUGCAACAUCCAAACAAAAAUUUGACCACCUGUUUUACAGGAUCCAUGACGAUUAGAAUUCACGAAGCAGAUGGAACCCCUUACGAGCAUAUCGUCGAGCUAAAAGACGUCUUCACAAAGAUAGAUAUUCAAUACAAUACCAAGUAUCGGAGAAUAAGGAACAAGCGACUCAAUGCUACGAAGCCCACGGGCAAGGGGAUGACACCAGACAUAACGGAGGAUUCAUUCACGGAAAGGGUCGAGGGGGGCGUAAUUCAAAAAUUGGGAAACGUCCUCAGUGGCCCUAACGAUUGCCGAGAAUGGAACUUGACUGAACAUUCAGUUACUACCGACGGCAAUGAAGCCCAACGUCAGAACGAAGCGUUCGAGUGGAUAAGGAUUGAUUCCGAUUUCGAGUGGGUGUGCAAGCUUUACGUCAAUCAGCCUGACUAUAUGUUCACGUCUCAACUGCAGCAGGACAGUGAUGUUGAGGCACAAGUGGAAAGUGUAAGAUUUUUUGAGGAUACCAUCAUCCAUUCACCAGUGAGUUCACAGAUUUAUUCAUCAAUACUGACAAGGACAAUAAUGGACAAAAGAUACUUCUAUGGUGUACGCCUGGAGGCCUGCAGAGCACUAGCAAGGUACGUUGUGAGAGACUUCGAGCCCAACAACUUUAGUGGUGGGGCAAAACAUCUUAUAAAAAUUUUUCAUGAACUCUUCUGCUACCAGAACUCAAAUAUACCCCUUAACAACGACUUCACCAAUUUCCAAGAAUAUUUUCUGCAGAAAAACAUCCCACAGUACCUGACCUUAGUCAAAAACGAACGGAAAGAGACACCCGCAUUUGUCAAACAAUUUCUUCUGGAUUUACUUACUUACAAUGAGAAUUCAGAGAAUCCAUACGAUGAUAGUCAUUACCGCUGCACUCUGAUUCAGUCCGUUGUAGACUGCGCAUUAACCAACCGUCACGAUAGAGAUUACUUGGAGAAAGCAUUGGAGCAGCUGCGUAGAUAUCAAAAUCUCGAAGAAUGGAUGCCAACAUAUCAACUCCUGGUGAAGAACGCCAUUCUCAAGGCAAAACUAAGACUAGGCGUAGAGGGAUUAUACGACAUGAAUGACUUGAAUAAAAUCUUGUUGUUCACUUCUGAGGAGGAAGUGAAGACGGCUGAAGUCAAUGUGCCGCGACUCAGGGAAGGUUCACAGGAUUUAGCUCUGACAGCUUUCAAGAUACUGUUAGUUGAAGGUGGACUCAAGAAUAGGGAGGCACUCAAAUACUUCUUCGAAAGUUUAUGUUUUACGCCUGACGUCUAUGUCAUGGACAAACUGGCCGACGUUUUCGUCAGCGCCGUUGACUUUGUUGCAGUGCAUAAGCUACAAGAGCUACUGGAUGAUGAUAUAGAGUAUAUGGUGGAAAAGAUUAAUCCCGAGUCGCUCACUCUUGAAGACGGAACAGAGGACGGAAGUGGGAUUGUUGAAGAGGAUUACGUGCAUGAACUAAGAGAACGUAAAGAGCAAAAGAUGCGAUCUACGGUUCGAGGAUUAAUACAUCUGCUAAGGAGACAAUUCAAAGAGUAUGUCCCACUGAAGAAAAUUCUUUGGGAAGUACUACACACUUCCAUGUUAACUCUUUAUCAAAAAAAGCGUAUUUUUGACGUUACCAGAAUUUUGUACUGUCUGCUCGAUAGUUUCGACGUUGUUUUGCCUAUGCCACGGGAUAAGAGACUUGUUGCAAAAGACAUCGGAGACCAUAAAGUUGUCAUCAAAAGGGAGGGCUUGCUGAAGGUUCACUUGCCCACUAAAAUCAAGUUAGGUACAAAUAUUACUUUACCUGCUCCAGAGGAGACGGGCACAGGACGGGCGAAUAAGUUGAAAAUAAGUUUAAACAAGCCAAAGAAGCCUACAGCAGCAAAUUCAAAGAGAAAACAGGCGAAAGGAAUUGUGAAUAGGGUUGGAAUACUACCCUUGAGAUUUAUCAAGAUUACGUCUCUAGAAGAGAAGAAGAUCGAUAUCUCGUCGGUGCCUUUCAGCAAAAACGUUCAAAUUAUCAAGGCAAACCAGAGAUCAUUCACCCUCAAGAUCAAAGUUCCAAAGAAAGAACAGGGGUAA